AAAAAGGAAGACUAGAUUUAGGUGAAGAGGGGGUGGAGAUUGGAGCACAGAAGGGACCAUUUCAACACUGGUAAGCUAUUCUUUUCUCUAAGGGAGAAAAGAUGUCAACAACAUUACUACUAGUUUCCUAACUGUUCUUUCUCUCAUCUUUAAGUCAUUCUGCAGUCUAUUUCUUUCAAAUAUCCAGAUUCACAAAUACCCCUUUCCUGUAUCAGAAAACAGCAGCUUCAACCAGUUACUACAAGGAGUUCAUUCAUUUUUUAAUUACUUCAUUACAAAAAUACGUAUAAUGUAAAAACGAUUUGCAAGGUACUUGUGAACCUGGGAAAGAAAAGUGAGGAAAACAUAACUGGUUUCCCCUCAUACAGCUUAUGUUCCAGCAGAGGGCAAGUAAAUUAGCCUACCAAUUAUAAACCAAGUAACUUAUGUCACAAAACUUCGAAGAAAUACAAAGUAGUACAUGGUUAGUAACUGAGGGGGUUGGGGGGUGGUGGUGUUCCACUUAAGUUUAUAAAUAGGUUUUAGCAGAUCUGUGAACUUUUUAACGUUUGAUUGUAACUUGCAUGAGGAGGUGCAGAGGGGGAGCUCGGAUGCUCAGUGGGGUCCGUGACCCUUACAAGGUUAGGAGCCACUCUGCCCUUCAAGUUUAUCUGGGCACCAUGAAACACAAACUUCUGCGCAACAAGGCUGCGACUAAGGGGAGAGCCAGGAGCCUGGCAGUACUGGUCCACGGACAAUGUCCUUACUUGUAUACUUACAGACAACAAAAGGGAUCAAUCUUCUGACUUGAGAAGAGACAACGUGGUGAUUAACUUUUUAAAAAUCCACUUAAUCAGAACAGAUAGUGGGAUGGUGGAGGUCCGAUCCUCCAACCCUGGGGACAUCCAAGCACGUGCUCGGCAUCAGAGCGCGGGAGGAGCUGCACUCUGCCCUGGCAGACGCCCUCCCGCCCGGAAGGAACAGACCGCUCCGAGCUCCGCCUUUUAGGUCUGGCUCAGAGAGAAGUAACGCACGCUUUCCGAGUCCGGGCCGGGUUUUCAAACCAUCGAGACGGAAGUAACGGCAGGCCGGAAGUUCCAAGGCCUGCACCGGGACCCGAGUGGGGAGGGGGGGGAGGAGCAAGGCUCAGGGUGGGAAUGGCGGCCCAGAUUCCCAUUGUGGCCACCACGUCCACUCCGGGGAUAGCCCGGAACAGCAAGAAAAGGCCGGCCAGUCCUUCCCACAACGGCAGCAGCGCCGGCGGCUACAGCGCCGGCAAGAAGAAAAAGGUGUCCGCCUCCGGCUUUGCGCAGGGUAUCAGCAUGGACGGUGUGAGUGAGAAUAAGAUGGUGCCCUCUGAUUUUAGCACAGGACCCAUGGAGAAAGCUGCCAAACCUCUGCCAUUUAAGGAUCCCAACUUUGUGAUUUUUGUUUCUUCUAAUCCACGCUUGCGCCUCGAGCAUUCGGGCCAUGGUGGUGCAGUGGCUGGCAAGAAGAACAGAACCUGGAAGAACCUGAAACAGAUCCUGGCUUCUGAAAGGGCAUUGCCAUGGCAACUGAAUGAUCCCAACUGUGAGCUGUCUAGACCCUCCUAUGUGCUCAUGAUGUUCAGACUAGGAACCUUCUUAUAACAAACAUUUCAGUAUUGAUGCUCCUCCAUCCUUUAAACCAGCUAAGAAGUAUUCUGAUGUUUCAGGUCU